UACCGUGUUCCCCUCUACUCCCUGUAGCCAGGACGGUUAUCCAGACAUAUGUCAGCAAGGAUGGUACGGUUCCCAUUGCCAGAGACGAAAUAUUGCUAUAGGACAAAGUGCCACACAGAGCAGUACAUUCACUGAGAACAGUGACAAGACAGGGUAUACAGAUCACAGGUUCGAGGCCAGGUACGGCGUAGAUGGCAGAGCUACCACCAACUUCUAUAGCACACCAUUCACAUGUACACAUACAGCCACAGGGGAUCCACAUCCAGCUUGGACUGUUCAUCUGAGCAACUCUAACACAGACAAGAUACAACACAUUAAGCUGUAUCUACGUGAUGGCUUCUUGGACAGAAACAAGGGCAUGAAGAUAUAUGUCGGUGGUCAGCUAUGCUUCCAGUGGUCAAGUGACACAUACCCACCUGCUAUAGCUGACGUCAAAUGUCAACAAGCACUGACAGGAAACAACCUCACUAUACAGACAAGCAAUUAUGUCGCGUUGUGCGAGGUGCAGAUAUUUGUUUGCAGUGACGGCUGGUUUGGUGAGGACUGUGACAAACAGUGUCAUUGUUCACUAAACACAGAAGUAUGUGACAAGAUCACUGGACAGUGUGUGAGUGGAUGUUCUCCGGGAUACAUGGGGACGGACUGCCAAACAGCGUGUCCAGACGGUUACUAUGGCGACUGCACCUCCAGAUGCGGCAGCUGCCUCAAUGCUGCCUAUUGUGACAAGACUACAGGUGUCUGUCCAGGGGGUUGUGCAGCAGGGCGGCGAACUGACACCUGUCGUCAACCAUGCCCAGAAGGACGUUAUGGUGCCAGUUGUGCGUCUCCGUGUGGUUACUGUCUGGACAAUGCUGUCUGUGACAAGGUGACAGGGAAAUGUCCUGGAGGAUGUCAGCCAGGAUGGUGGCCAGAUUUAUGUUCACAGGAAUGUGUGGAUGGUAUGUACGGGGAUGACUGCAUGUCCCGAUGUGGUCAGUGUAAAGACGCCCUAACCUGUGAUAAGUCCAGUGAAGAAUGUCCAAAAGGAUGUCAGGGUAACUUCAUGAAGCCCCUGUGCCAAGCAGUUAUUCCUUCCCAUGAUGACUUUGAAGAACACCAUGAUCACCUCAUUGAAUGUUACCAUCUGACUGGUGAAGAAGGAUCCCACUCCACUGUUUUGGUGUCUACCGUUAGUGUGUUCCCCAUCUCUGGCGACAGCAAGUUGUGCCAUCAA